GCUAAAUCAUAUUUAAAGCUUUGUAUAUCAUAGUAAAUUAUAAAAUAACAUUCUAUAUAUCAUUUCAGACAAUUUUGAAAAGAUUAACCCUAAAUUCUACUUAAUAACUACGAAAAUAAAGUUUUCAUAGCAAUUGUUUCUAUGACAACAUAACGAUGGCUGUUAAGAGCAAGAAGCUUUCUCUGAAACAAAGGGAAAAAAAUGAUGCAAAUGACAAAGCAAUUAAGGAAAAUGCAUAUAUUUUUCCCAGUGGAGAUAGGUAUGAAGGACAAUUUUUGCAUACUCAAGAUGGAAAUGUACAGAGGUCUGGUUUUGGAAGACAUAUUGCAGCUGAAGGCACAGUUUAUCAGGGCAUGUGGAAAGAUGAUGCAAUGAAUGGCACUGGUCAGCUCAAACAUUCUUCAGGAGAUGUCUAUGAAGGAGGUUUUCUCAAUAAUCAGUUCCAUGGAGAAGGGACAUACACAUGGGCAAAUGGAUCCUAUGUUAAAGGAAACUUUGUUAGAAAUAA